UGUUAUUUCCGUUGAACAAUCACAUGAUAAUCAACAACUUCCGGUUACUUCCGCUGUCAAAAAUCUUGAAUAAUUUGAUUUCUAUACAUUUACGGUGAAUAUGUCGGGUUUGGAAACUAUUGGAAGCGUCAUUAGCAAUAUAGAUGACAUCGAGAAAGGAGCACAAGUAGCAACAUCCCUGUUACAGCAGAGAGCCAAUGAUGUGCGGGCUAACAGAGUUAACUGGCAGUCGUACCUACAGGGCCAGAUGAUCUCGAAUGAAGAUUUCCAGUUCAUCUCAAGAUUUGACAAUGCAAAUGCAGAACAGAGACAUGGGUUGCUGCAAGACGUACAGGGCAAGAUGCAGUUUGCCAAGACAUUCUUUAAUUUGAUGAGUCACAUAGCAAAGGACCAAACACUACAGUACAUUCUAACAAUGUUGGAUGACAUACUACAGGAAGACAAAACAAGAGUGGAAAUAUUAAAGAUGUAUUCAAGAAAGAACAAAGAAUCUGUAUGGACACCAUUUCUUCACCUUCUGGACAGGAAUGAUAGAUUCAUUGUCAACCAGACGAGUCGAAUCAUCGCUAAGAUUGCAUGUUGGAGCAAGGACCUAAUGGAAACCAAUGAUCUCAAAUUUUACCUCAACUGGCUGAAAGAUCAACUCAAAUUGCCAGGUAAUGAGUACCUACAGACUGCUGCGAGGUGUCUACAGAUGAUGUUGAGAGUUGAUACAUACAGAUACAUGUUUGUACAGGUGGAUGGUGUAGCCACGAUUAUUACAGUGCUAGACUCCAGUAAGAUGGGUUUCCAGAUUCAGUAUCAACUCAUCUUCUGUCUGUGGUGUCUCACUUUCAAUCCAAAUUUAUUAGAAAGAAUGAACAAACAGCACAACAUUAUCCCAAUUUUGUCAGACAUUUUAAGUGAUACAGUGAAAGAAAAAGUCUCUAGAAUUAUUCUGGCAACAUUCAGAAAUUUGUUAGAGAAGCCGGAGGAGAGAGAUAUUGUACAGGAGAAUGCUCUGUCUAUGGUUCAGUGUAAAGUUCUCAAGCAGCUUGAACUGUUGGAAGCCAGAAAGUUUGAUGAUCCAGAUAUUGUGGAGGACUUGCAGUUCUUACAGGAGAAACUACAGGAGUCUGUACAGGAUCUUAGCUCGUUUGAUGAAUAUGUAACAGAGAUAAAGUCAGGCAGGUUAGAAUGGAGCCCUGUGCAUAAAAGUGACAGAUUCUGGAGAGAAAACGCAAUACGACUAAAUGAGAAGAAUUAUGAACUACUUAAAAUAUUAGUACGGUUGUUAGAAGGGAGCAGGGACCCAUUAAUUUUAUCUGUAGCAGCCCAUGACAUAGGAGAAUAUGUUCGCUACUAUCCCAGAGGGAAGAAUGUUAUAGAACAACUGGGUGCUAAACAUUUGGUUAUGCAGUACCUGACACACGAGGAUCCCAAUGUACGAUAUGAGGCAUUGAUAGCUGUACAAAAAUUAAUGGUCCAUAAUUGGGAAUACCUGGGUAAACAGAUAUCACAGGCGACUACAGAGGAAACACCCGGAGUUGUACAAGCCAAGGCAUAGCAUCAUCAUUCCACAUCAUAUCAUGCUAGUCAUAUAUAUAACUGUGUUGUAUGUUCAAAAUUGACCAAUCAUGUGAUAUACAUUUUAAAUCUAAAAAAAAAUCAACUUUAAAAGACUUACAGUUUUGGAGGAGACCCUUUGUUACAUGUGUGUUAUAGCAGAUGAAAACUGAAUCAAAAUGGCACAAGAAGGAAAAGAAACAAAAUUAGAAAAACAAGUGCUAUGGAGUGAUGGUACUGUAUCCUCACAAGAAGCAGUUAACCCGAAAGGUCAUAAAAAUAAUUUUGGAGACCAGUCUCGAAAGUUGAGAAUUGGAUUGGUUGUUUUUUAUCACAGUUUUGAAAUCGACCAAUGACAAGGUUGAAUUACAAGACUGGUCCCCCAAUCUUUUUUUUAACUCUGGAACCAGGUAAAAAAGAAAAGAAACUUGUAUUGAAGAAACAGGUUGGAAGUGUAAAUGGUUUAAUGUAUAUCAGAAAAAAUAGUGCUAGUUUUGCUUUUUCAUUAUGUAUAGAUUGUAGCAAAUCCAGAGAGGCGUCCUGUCUGUUUAAGAAACUAAAUGUUACACCUUUAUAACCCAGAACAUUUUAAUGUAGCUGUAGAUAGUGUCAUAAAUAGAGAGAAAUGUAUAAUUAUGUGUUUGAGCUAAGCAGAGAACAAUUCACAGUAUAAAAUGACUGCCAGGAUCUAGUGGUUGUACUGCAAAAGUACUUAAACUCUUUUGUCUUAAAACAGUCUUAUUGUAAUUACAUUGUAUUUAAAAGACUUACCCACGUUUUUGGGGAUAAAAUGGGGGAGACCUCUUAAAAUUUAUUUAACUUGGAAUACGGUAAAAGUGCACUUUUUGACAAACUACAAAUUUUUGCAAAAUCUUCAUUUAAAGUACAAAAAUAAUGAUUUUGAAGGUUUUUGAUUUUUACACAUUGAUACUAGUUUUCAAUUUUUUCUAAUUUCUCAUUACCUUAUGGACAUUUUUUAUAAAGAUACAUAAUUAUAAAUUACCAAAGUAAACAACAAUAAUAACAUAAGUAGUAAAAAUAUAUGAAUAAUUACAAAAGUUCAUUAUAUAUUCAUAAUUUUCUCUACUCGUGUUGAUAGCGAGUAGCAAGGAUGUGUUCUUUAGAAACAUGAAUGUAUAUGUAGUGCUAAUUUUCUGUUUUUGUCAAGGGACUGUCCAUGAAAUCCAGCCAUAUUCAUUUUUUCAUGUCAUAGAUAUAUUUUGUAUUUAAUAUAUUUAGAUGUGAUGUGUGUAGAAACAAAAAAAUAAAUUUUUACAGUAAAAGACUGAUUGUUCAAGGUCACAAGGAGGUGAGAGGAAACAGCUCAAGCUAUCCAUGGGUCUUGUGCGAUCCAAACAUAGAAAGUAAAGAAACCUGUGGGGGGACAUAAAUAUUGUUUGGGCAAGCCUGGAAGCUUAGGCCAUUGAUGCUUAAGUGAGCUGUGUUUCACUGUAUUUCAUAACAGAUAUCAUGUAAAAAAAAUCAGCUGCUUUAUUAAGGAAACAUUUUUUCUUGUACUUAGUUGUAGCCAGUAGUCCGUGGCCGAGUGUUUAAGGUCGCUGACUUCACUUAUGUCAUUCCUCCAUCAUCAAAGCUGGCAAGUUGCCAUAUGACCUAUAAUUGUGUAGGUGCGAAGUUAAACCCAACAAAAACAAAAGUAAAGGCUAAAGCUAUCCGAUUUCUGAAAUGGUUUUCUCUGUUGAAAACACUGGCAGCCUUUUUUGGGGAUCAAAAUUCUAGACAUCUGAUGGAGAAAGUUUACAGUUUCAAAAAAAAAGUAAAUGUUUAAGGAAAUUUAUCAUAACCUGUCAUAUAUAUAGAAAUUACAUAAUAUAUAGCAACAAUACAAGAAAAGAUUUUUAGCAGUAAAAAUUUGACAAAAUACUAGUCUAAUCUGUAGCAGAUUUUAUGUAUGGCAUGAAGCUUUCUCAGGAUUUUUUUCACAUAAUUAUGUCUCAGAUUUAAUUCACGUAUUUAGUUACUUGUUAUGAUAAAGCUGCUUUUAAAGUUUCAGAAACUGUUUUCAAAUAAUUUGAAUGAAAUCAGUUGAAAUUUUUUUAGCAAUUUGUAACUUUUAUGACAAAUAGAAUUACCUUAUUUCUUGUUGAACUAACCAGAACUGGUUAUAUUUUUUUUGUCUGUUAUAUUUUAAUUCAUAGACAUUCCAUUACUUGAGAAUACAGAUUUGUUUUCAUAGUGAGGAACAGAGACAAUCCUUUGAAUUUUGACAGCUGCCAUUUUUUGGUGCCACUACUGAUCUUUUAAGAUAUUGUGUCAGUUGAAUUACUGUCAUAUAAACACAUUUAUUAUUCCAUAUUUAAUAUGGGUGAAGUAUAUUUCAGUAAAUUAAAUGUAAAUAUUUAAAUGGAAAGUAACUUGUUCUAUUUAUAAUAAAUAUUCUAAUAUAAAAAAACAUGCACAUUUUCAUUAAAACAUGGCAAUAUUGAUGUCACGUUGACAUACAUGUAUUAUUUGGCACCAUACAAGCACUGAGAAAGAGUUCUUACCACAUUUGAUCUACUGUGUCAUAUAAAAGACAUUUCAAAAUUGAAAUGACAUUACAGAAUUCGUAUACUCUGAAUCCAUUAUAAGGUUUGCGGAAUAACUCGCUAAAUUUCCAUGCAUUCAAAAAGUUAUUCCGCUGGAUGUAUUACCACUAUUAAAACAUAGUUUCAGUUUGAUGUCAUGUCGUUUUCCUGUAUUUGGCACCAUGCACCAAGAAAUAGCCAUACCCUAAAUAGGAUUAUAUUACAAGUAACUAUCGUGCAUUGUGUACUAGCGUAACAACAGCUAUAUGAUACAGUUCUUCUCAGAGGCAAAAUAAUGGAGGAAAAAUAGGAGUAUUUACAAAAUUACCCAUAAUGCCUUGUGUACUUUAGUAACAACAGGUAUUUUAGCAUCAUUAGCGCAAUGUUUGUUGGUGUAUAUGCAGUCGGUAAAGGUUUUCUCACUUCAUUACUUAAACUCUAAAUUUAGUUAUCAGCACCAGAAUCUUGUGAAGUGUAAAUAAAUAAAUUGAUCUGUCAGGGUAAUAUACAACAAAUACGAGUUGCAAACUUUAUUAGGGGCAAUCUUACUCAGCUAUGUAAAAAGUAUGUUUUUACAAUAUCUUGAAUUCUUUGUCCAAUUUUUUCCUUCAACAAAACAUGUUUUUUACAAAUUUGCAAAAAUCCAAAAAUUGGAAAUGAUCCUUAAAAACUGGACAGUGUUCAAAUAUUUUGAAGAAAUGCAUCUAUUAACAAAAUGUAAGAUUGACGCAAUAUGUUUGUAUACAAUAUUAUUAUUGAGUGUUGAUAGAAUGUAAAUUGUUUGAAAUAUAACUUUACAUUUUUAAAUUGUAAUUAUAUUAUGUUGUUUUGUAUGAUAUACAAGAGAUAAAAUACUAUGAAAACUA